AUGGAGCAUAUCCGGCUUCCGAAGGUCGAGCAGGUGAAGCUUCUGGACCAAGUGGCCCCGAGAAAGAGCCGCGUGGGCACUCUGUAUCUGACCGCCACGCACACCAUCUUUGUGGAGAGCGAGGAUGGGCAGCGCCAUGAGACCUGGGUGCUGCACAGCCUGGUGUCCAGUGUUGAAAAACAGUCCCCCUCCUCUUCUCCAUCUGGUGCGUCUCUGAUGGUUCACUGUAAAAACUUUCAGCUGCUGCAGUUUGUGAUCCCCGAGGAGCAAGACUGCCAGGACAUCCUCCUGUCGCUGCGGCGCCUAUCCCAACCAGAGUCGUACGAGGAGCUCUACUGUUUUGCCUACAAACCAAAUGUGGACGAAGAGGAGAGGCAAAGAGAGUGGGACUUUCUGAGCCUCACAUCUGAAUACAAGAGAAUGGGACUUCCAAACCCCCACUGGAAACUGUCCUCUGCCAACCAGCACUAUGAGGUGAGUGACACGUAUCCAUCUGAGCUCUUCAUCCCAGAGUUAGCCACACUUCCUGUCGUCGUGGGAAGCUCCAAGUUCAGAAGCAGAGGGAGAUUCCCCACGUUGUCCUAUUACAACCGAGGAAACCAUGCAGCCGUGUGCCGCAGCAGCCAGCCCCUGUCUGGGUUCAGUGCGCGAUGCCUGGAGGAUGAGCAGAUGUUGGGGGCCGUGCUCAGGUCCAACCCCCGCAGUGAGGUCGUCUAUGUGGUGGACACCCGGCCCAAAUUGAAUGCGAUCGCCAACAGAGCGGCCGGAAAGGGCUACGAGAACGAGGACAACUACUCCAACAUCAAGUUUCAGUUCAUGGGCAUCGAGAACAUCCACGUCAUGAGGAACAGUCAGCAGAAAAUGUUGGAAGUGUGUGAGCUGCGGAGCCCCUCCAUGUCCGACUUCCUGGAGGGACUGGAGAACUCAGGAUGGCUCAAACACAUCAAAGCCGUUCUGGACGCCGCCGCGUUCAUCUCUAAGGCCGUGGCCGAGGAGGGGGUGAGUGUCCUGGUGCACUGCUCAGACGGAUGGGACAGAACGUCUCAGGUUUGCUCCGUGGCCUCGGUGCUGCUGGACCCUCACUACCGGACCCUCGGGGGAUUCAUGGUCCUGAUUGAAAAAGACUGGAUUUCGUUCGGGCACAAGUUUUCUCAUAGGUGUAACCACGUGGACGGCGAUCCGAAGGAGGUGUCCCCAAUCAUAGACCAGUUUCUGGAGUGCGUGUGGCAACUGUCGGAGCAGUUCCCCUGUGCCUUCGAGUUCAACGAGAGGUUCCUCAUCACCAUCCAUCACCACGUCUACUCCUGUCAGUUUGGAAACUUCAUCGGCAACAACCAGAAAGAGAGAGAGCAACUGGGAAUUCAGAAGAGGACUCACUCUCUGUGGAGUUAUCUGUGGUCAAACAGAGCCGACUUCAUUAACCCUCUGUACAGACCCAACCACAGCCAAACCCUGGGCGCGCUCCGGCCCUCUACUGCCCCCCACUGCUUCAAGUUCUGGGGCGGCCUUUACAACCGUUUCGAGCGCGGGGUGCACCCUCGACAGUCGGUGGAGGAUUGCCUCCGGGCGAUACGGGAGGAGACGGAGCAACUGGAGGAGCAGCUGGCGUCUCACAAACAGAAAAUCUCAAAGCUGGAAGGGCAGAAGUGGACGGUGUCAAACAUUUUUGACAAGAGUCCGACGGCCUGGAUCUUCACUCCGGACCUGAGACUGGCCAACACCCCGCAGGACUACACCUCCUGCUUCCUCACCAGCGGCACGCGAGCAGCAGAGGACAGUCCAGACCUCACUCCACCGGAUCUUAACCAAACGUCCAAUGAUCUAAACCAAACGUCCAGCUUCAACACCUCCAACAGCAGCGACCACGAGUCCGGUGUGGCCGACCUGAGCGCCCAGUCUCCCUUCAGUGAAGACGGCACCAGAGAUUCAGAUGAAGCGGCCAAUUCUGCAGCAUAA